AUGAAGUUUUCGCAUUCCUUGCAGUUCAAUGCAGUGCCGGAGUGGUCGUCCAAGUACAUUGCCUAUUCGCAUCUGAAGAAACUCAUCUAUGCUUUGCAAAGAGAUAAGCUGUAUUCGCGGCCAGCGAGCCACGCAGAUGUCGAACAGGGUGGUGGCGGCGAGCACGGAUCUGGGUCUGAGACGCAACCGCUGCUCAGCGGGUUGGCGACCUCGGAUGUGUACGUGUCCAAGUUUCUGGUUGCGCUGGAUGUGGAACUGAAAAAGAUCGACAAAUUUUUCAAGAGCCAGGAAACUGGGCUCAUUGCGAACUACAACGAGUUGAAGGACGACGUCUUGGAGUUUGAGCAGGACUUGCUGAACAACAGAGUGCACAGUAUAAGCGAUGCCGUGCCCUCGCAAAUACGGAAUAGAGACCGCAGAUUGUCGAACGAUUCGCUGGAGGCACGGCUAGAAGGCCACAGCGAUAACGAGAUAGAUGACGACAUCGACUCCAAUUUAUCUGGCAGAUCGAUAGAAUCUGCGCCGGACCACACCAAUGAAUCGGGCCACGGUAUUUAUCACUCGCAGUCAAGGACGACGAAUAAUACGUGGAACUCCCACUACAUUUCGCCUGUUUUUGAGAGAAAAAUCACUUUGAAGAAAAGACUGGUUGCCAUCUACACGCAGCUUUCGGAAUUGAAGAGUUUCAUAGAAUUGAAUCGCACAGGUUUUUCAAAAAUUUGCAAAAAAUUUGACAAAUCCCUUGACACAAACAUUAAAAAUGACUAUCUGAAUGCCAUGGAGAAAAAGUCUCAUGUUUUCAACAAGGAAACGAUCCAAAAAAUCCAAAACUGCUUAGCGGAGACAAUUGUCACCUAUGCGAGGUUAUCGCAGGAUAAUUUCCCGCAUGAUGAUAACAGCGUUCUGGAUAUUAAUUUCGCUGAAACUCAGCUGUCAUCGCAUUUGAGAGACCAUGUUGUCUGGGAGAGAAACACGGUUUGGAAAGACAUGAUUAAUCUUGAGAGAAAGUCACAAAAUGUCAAAACUGACAACAAGAAUCUCUCGAAGAAAAUUCAUGUGAAAGAAAUUGAUCAAAACGGUAACGUUACUAUCCAUUCAGAUUCGUCAGUAAAAUCGAUAAAAAUACCGGAAACCAUUCAUGAUUUUUUGCAUUUAUCACCAUUGGAUUUCCUGAGAAUUGUACUGAACUCAUCAUUAUUUGUUAAAUUCUCAUUAAUUACCUUAAUUUUUGCAAUUUUUCUGAAGAAAUCACCCUUUAAUGAUAUUUUACAAAAAAACUGUUUUGCUAUUUUAAUUUAUGCAUCCUUACUUUGGGCUACUGAAACAAUUCCAUUAUUUGUUACUUCAUUAUUUGUCCCAUUGCUAAUUGUCAUUUUACCGGUUUUGAAUAAUCCUUCAACAAAUAAGCCAAUGGAUCCAAUACAGUCUUCGCAAUUCAUUUUAUCAACAAUGUGGUCAAGUGUUAUCAUGUUAUUAUUAGGUGGUUUUACUUUAGCUGCAGCUUUAUCAAAAUUUAAUAUUGCUAAAGUUUUAUCAACUUAUAUCUUGUCAUCUGCUGGCACAAAUCCAAAGGUCAUUCUUUUAACAAAUAUGGGUGUUGCUCUAUUUGUUUCAAUGUGGGUUUCAAACGUUGCAGCCCCUGUUCUAUGUUAUUCAAUCAUUCAACCAUUAUUGAGGACUUUACCAAGAAAUAGUGUUUAUGCAAAACAACUGAUCUUAGGUAUUGCUUUAGCUUCAAACAUUGGUGGUAUGGCUUCGCCAAUUGCAUCACCACAGAAUAUUUUUUCAAUUGGCUUAAUGGAACCGCAACCUUCUUGGAUCGAAUGGUUCAUCGUUUCCAUACCCGUUUGCGUUCUAUGUAUCCUUGGCAUUUGGAUUUUAUUACUUCUUACGUUCCCAUUAGAACCCUCGUUAAAGUUAUUGAAAUUACAUCCAAUAAGAGAUCCAUUCACUCUGAAACAAUGGUUCGUUUCUAUUGUCUCGGCAGCUACUAUUGUUCUUUGGUGUUUAUCCAAUAAAUUAUCAGGAAUAUUUGGAGAGAUGGGUAUAAUAUCAAUCAUUCCAAUUCUAAUAUUUUUCGGCACAGGAUUAUUGACUUCUGAUGAUUUCAACAAUUUUAUGUGGACCAUAGUUAUUCUUGCAAUGGGUGGUACAACUUUAGGUAAAGCAGUUACUUCUUCCGGUUUAUUGUCUACAAUGGCAUCAAUUAUAAAAGAAAAUAUGGAAGAUAAGCCAAUUUUCAUUAUUGUCCUUAUCUUUGGUGUCGUAAUUCUAACUAUGGCUACUUUUGUUUCUCACACCGUAGCUGCAAUGAUCAUUGUGCCACUGAUGAGUGAAAUUGGCGCAAAUUUACCUUCGGGAAAUCAUUCCAGACUGCUGAUCAUGGUAGCUGCUUUAUUGUGCUCCGGUGCGAUGGGACUUCCAACUUCUGGUUUCCCCAAUGUAACAGCUAUUUCUAUGAUUGAUGAGGUUGGUGAUAGAUAUCUCACUGUUGGUACGUUCAUUACAAGAGGUGUCCCAGCAAGUGUAAUUACCUAUUUCAUUAUCGUAACAGUAGGAUAUGGACUAAUGAAAAUGAUUGGAUUCUAA